CUCAGAGACAGCAGUGCUGCAGUGGAGACAAGUAUAUCUGUUUCUCUGUGAGGACAAAAUCAGCUGAUUCCAUCAGGUCUUUGUCAACGAAUCUCUGACAAACAGAGGAGGAGUCAGAGAAGUGUCCAGUUCAGACUGAGCGAUGGACUCUGAGGCCAGCGGGACGAUGGAGGUGGCGGCGCUCGGUCGGCCUUUCAGCCUCGGGAUGUUGUACGACUGCCGCAAAGACUCACUCGUCCCUGGAAUGACAUUGUGGGACCGUGAUGACCUGAGAAAUCAUAUUGGAGAAAGACCACAGAGCUAUAAUGAUUUUGACAUUGUUGCAUCUGAAUCAAUUGAAGAUAAAUCAUCAGCACUAAAUGUUGAAGCAUCCCUGAAGGCAAGUUUCUUAAGUGGACUGGUGGAGGUUGGAGGAUCGGCCAAAUACCUGAACGAUAGUAAGACUUCCAAAAAUCAGGCCAGAGUAACACUGAAGUACAAAGCUACCACAAGGUUCCAGGAACUGUCCCUGAAUCAUCUUGGAAGAGACAAUGUGAAGCAUCCGUAUGUCUUUGAUAAAGGAUUAGCAACACAUGUAGUCACAGCUAUUCUUUAUGGGGCACAAGCCUUCUUUGUCUUUGACCGUGAAGUGUCCAAAAAGGAAGACCAACAAGACAUUGAGGGCAACUUGAAGGUGAUGAUCAAGAAGAUUCCCAAAAUUGCAAUAGAGGGUGAAGGUUCACUGAAAAUGGAAGACAAGGACAGAGAAAAUGUUGAGAAAUUCUCCUGCAGAUUCUUUGGAGACUUUUCCCUUCAGAAGCCUCCUACAUCCUUUCAGGAUGCGGUAGAGGUCUACCAAAGUCUGCCAAAAUUGUUGGGAGCCAACGGAGAAAAUGCCGUACCAGUGAAGGUCUGGCUGUUGCCACUGACGAGUUUAGAUUCUUCUGCUGCAAAACUCGUGCGUCAGAUAAGUAUAAGAUUAGUUCAUGAAUCACAGAGUGUCCUGGAGGACUUCAGUGAGCUGGAAAUGAGGUGCAAUGAUGCACUGAGAACCACCACUGCACAGCAGUUCUCACAGAUCAGCAAGAAGAUUAAAACUUUUAAAGAAAUGUGCUCAGAGUUCAAGCUGGAAUUCCAACGAACCUUGGCAAAGAAACUUCCAUCAAUCCGAGGAGGAGGAGAAGAGGAAGCUGAGCUCGCAGAGAUCCUGAAGAAGAGACAUUCUUCUCCUUUCAACAGCAAAGACCUGAACGAGUGGAUGAACUGUAAAGAGAGAGAAAUCUACACAUUAAAGUCUUUCACCAACAUGAUGAAAAACACCAAGAUCGUUCCAUCUCAAAAUCACCUCUACAACGAAAUUCACAGUGCAGAGCAUGCAGUGUGUUUUGUUUUCACCUCACUGGGAAGUGCCGAACCCUUCCUCUCAGCGUUAUCAAACUACUUAACAGAAACACCCAAACCAGACGAACCUCGAGAUGCACAUACUGAUGAUGUAGAGAGGGAACAAUGGUACACCUCAAAAGAAGUUUUAGAUGCAAUGAGUCACAAAGCAAAGCUCUUCAGUGACUUUGCAGAGGCCAACAAGGAGAACAAGAACAUUAAGUUCUUAACAGUUGGUUCAACAAAUGAGACACAGAAAGGUUCAAGCAUCUACCUUUAUAAAGACGGCUUUUCAGUCAGUGAGAACUUUGAGCCACCUUCAAAGCCUGAAACAGUGACAGUCACUGAAACAAACCACAAGAGUGUGACACUGAAGAUUUCUCCACCAAAGUUUGGAGCAGAGAACAUCACCUCCUACUCUGUUGAGUACUGUGUCAGUGGAGACGAUGGAUGGAAACAGAAGACGGCAUCAGAAGCUGAAGAAGUCACAGUGAGUGAUCUGAGUCCUAACACAGAGUACAUGUUCAGGUGCAGAGCAGUGACCUCAGCAGGUGUUGGACCAGCCAAUGAAGUCAGUGGUUCCAUUAAAACCUUACCCUGCAGCCCUCCUGGGAAACCUCAAGUUGAACCAAAAUCAAGUGAGAUAUCAGUCAGCUGGGAGAAACCUGCUGAGGUUGGACAGAAUGUCCACAUUUUGAGCUACAUCGUGGAGUACGCCAAAAAAGACAACAGUCUGAAAGAGGAAGAUCUCCAAUGGAGCCAAAAGAAGGCAGGAGCUGAGAGGGUGAUCAUUUCAGGUCUUCAGCCAGAGACAGAAUAUGUUGUCAGGGUCAGAUGUGAUUGUGGUGAAGCUGGAGGAAGCAAAGAAAGCCUCACUGUUACUGUCUGCACAACAAAAUCUACACCCCUCACAGACUUCCUCAAAAGUAUAAGUGUAAAGAUAAGUUCUGAAUCUCCCUCAGUUUACAAACUGCCUCUGGAUGAAGAAGAAAUGGACAUAGAUGGAUGCAGAACAUUCACUUUUGGCAAAGAAAGCAUGAGGCAAAAUCGCACUGUUUUACUUUUUGGAGAGACCGGAUCAGGGCAGUCCACUCUGAUCAAUGCAAUGAUCAACUACAUUGUUGGUGUAGACUGGGAGGACAGUUUCAGAUUCAAACUAAUUGAUGAGGAUCAGUCGAGAUCACAAGCUGAAAGCCAGACCUCUGAAGUCACUGUGUACAAACGAAUCAAAGAGAUAACAGAGCAGCUGCAUAAUCUCUUAUCUGCUGAGCAUGGUUUCAGCUGUCCUGAAGUAGAAGACGAGCUGCAAACUCACUUCAGAUUCGAUAAUGCAGUGUGGUUUGCACAGAACCAAUCAUCUGCAGCAGAUAGCAUGAGUGGGGAUGGCAAACAUGAAGAUGAAGAUAAGAGAUUUGAUCCAGCGUGUUGGAACGAGGAGAUAGAAAGCAUGAAGACGUUCUUUGCUGCGUUGAAUGUCAUGGAAACCAAAAGCUUGAGGAUGACAGAAGGGGACCUCAGAGAAAGAAAGCAGCUCCAGAAUUCAUAUGAAAAUUUGCAGAAGCAGGUGAAAGUUGGAUUCGCCAAGCUGAAGGAGAUAGAAGAAACAACUGAAACACUUAAAGAGCAUGAGGCACAGAUCGACAGACAACAUUACUUUGAGUUUGAAGACACUGUCAUAAAGCCCUUCAAAGAAGAUAUUUCUGGCACUGGAAAUUACAUCACCAACUGUCAGGAAUGUCGUUUCACCUGCCAUUAUCCCUGUUCAAGACCCAAUGAUGCAGAUAAAGAAGAGUGUUCUGCAAUGGGACCAGAUGGAAAAUGUACUCAGUGUCCAGGCAAAUGUUACUGGGAUGUACAUUUUAACCAGAAGUACAGAUGGGGGUAUAAGGAGGUUAAAGAAAAACGAACAGUAAAAGAGCUGAAGAAGAAGUACCUAAAAGCUCCACAGGCGAAGGCACCUGUUCAGGCAUUGAUUGAACAACUGAGGGCCGAAUAUGAUGAUGUGCACACUGAAGUGGUGAAAUUUAUGGAGAUGUCUGCUCAGUGUCUAAACAGACUUAAAGAGAUAGCACUGAAGCCAGAUCCUCUCUUCACUUCAGAGUACAUUGACAUGCUUAUUGAGGGAGAGAAAUCUGAGGCCAAGCCAGGCUGGAAGCAACGAGUUCAGUCCCUGAUGGCCAUGAGAGAAAAAGCAGACAUCAUGGCUAAACUAGGAAGAGGAGAGAAACUCUCCCAGAGUCAACCUACUGAUUUCAAGCGUUCCAGUACCAGCCAUGACAACAACGAGACGAAUACCAAGAGACCAAGACUACAAUGA